UAAGAGUCGGCAUAGCCGCGCCUCUCAUCAAGUAAAUACGUGCGUUGGAAUGUGAACGCAUCGCCGAAUUAGAUUUUUCUGAACAAUCCCAAUCCUACAGCUAAUCCUCAAGAGUUGAUAAGGUCACAGUACUAAAAAGUAGAACCUGAGACUUGUCGGCCGGUCCUCGUUGUGUGUUGCCGGUACCGUAAUUAUACAUUCAAAGCCAGGGAGCCAGUUGUAUUUGGCUGCCGGGUCUCUGAAGACGUCUUACCCUGUUUCUUCACUUUUCGAGUAGACUCUGAUAAUCUCUAUUUCCCACACACCGAAGCCAUCUAAAUAUCUCCAAAGGGGUGCGAAUGGGUAGGCUGGGUUAGACGAACAUAGAUAAGGUUAGACUAGGUUAAGUUAGUUACAUUUAGUUAGGUUCCUUGGCUCUCGGUCAGCGGAGGUAUCAGAAUGAAUACGGCGUGUGGGCGAUUUUUCCUAUCGUAUCUUCGUCUGAACCAAAAACUGUACGCGAAUAUUCCGGCGGGCAGUCGUUGCUUUGGAGGUUCCACCGAGUAUGAGAAUAAGCGAGCGGUCGUUCUUCAGGAGGUCGCAAAGAAUGUUAAUCCUUUUGGUAAGGUGGUCGUCGAGGUACCUUGCGACGUUGAAAUUCGACCCACCGACUUCGAAAGGUAUCCUGAUAUGAAUACCCUCCUCGUCCGUGUCCUGGUUGUUGAAGACUCUGCCGUGGAGAACCGGCCCUCUAGUCUUAUCUCUGUCGAAGUAAAUGACCGCGAAGUCUGGGAAGUCAAAGGAGAUACGCCGAUUCCCGCCAAUGCCAAAUGCCUCAUAGAGUCACCAAUCCGGUUUGAUGUUGAUGUCCGGGCAGCCGGUAUGAGCAGCGUCAAUGUUUCUGGCAUGGUAUCAGACUCGAUCAUAGUAAGAACCGCGGCGGGUAAUAUAACUGGGGAGAAGUUGCAAGCGAGUCAAAUGAUACUGUCGUCUGACGAUGGUGGUUCCGUUACUCUGCGUCGCACUCUUCAAGGAAAUAUUGAAAUCAACACUGUCGACAGAGGGACAGUUCGUGCCGAUAAAUUUUUGGGCACGGAUUUAAAGGUGUCCACAGAAAACGGGGAUGUCGACAUAGGCAGCAGUUACUGUACCAAUUCAUAUUUCACCACUGAGAACGGUAAUCUUACCCUGAACAACCUCCACAUGGAUUCUACCAUCGACAUACCGGGAAACGGAGGAUUGAAUAUACUUUGUCUAGACGGAUCCUUGGAUGCGAAGUUGAAUACAGGACCCUCCAGGGUACGUGUUGUUCGUUUAUCGGCUAAUUCCAGCAUAUCCUCGUCAGGCGAUGUCAACCUCGUAGUACCCGAACAAAAUGACAUACAGUUAAACCUGAAGGCUGGCAGACUCGAUGUCGAUGGUAGUAUAAACGGUAUGGAAGAGCACACCCGCAAUGUUCAGCGGUUUAAAACUUUUAAGGGAGAUACCUCUCUCGAUGUAAUGUCGGAUAAAAGUAUCAAGGUAAGUAAAGCGAGCUGGGCAGACACUUUGAACCUUGGAAGGCUCCUGCGCUAGGCUUACCUCUUGAGAACAAUGAGCGACUACACGUUGAAGCAUAACAAUAAUAAAACUAUGAGAAAAAAAUGUUUAUUUUCAUUUAUAUUUUUAUAUCAAGUUUUUCACAUAUAUACGUAGGACAUUAAAGACAAUCAUCGUCGUCGAUUGAUUGCGUGCCAUUCCAAAUGGUGCAUAUGCAUGUACGAUACCUACCUUGCGUCUUGUGAACGCCGAUAUAUACCUAAGCGUGAAUCUCUGUAAUACUGACGCGACUGUUGAAUAAAAGUAUUUCUGUUUGUCAAA